GGCGCCUGUCGAUCACCACAUCAUGUGGAGAAGCACCACCGCACAGUUUUUACAUGUUUGAGGUCUGUGCCACGAGUCGUGCAUGAGGAAUGGCGAUCAUCGAACCCUUUAGGAGUGCAGCAGUGCGAGUGAACACGGUCACGCACGGUGCAGACCCUGCAAUUGCAUGAAUUCGGCUCUUCCUGCCAUCUUAUCCUCCAUCCACAAGGUUGUUGACAAAGGCAGCGCCCGUUGUGCUCGACGAGAAAGGUAUCAUAGUGACAAAAAAAGCGCUGUUGAAUUUUCAACUCCACCACACAGCCCACACAACCUUGAUGGCCACAAAUUUUCGGACACCGCGCCAGAGCCUUCCAGCUAAGUAAAGUACGCCACGAACCAACCCGCCAAUGCCACGACCAUGCCAAAUCGGAGCAAUAUGAACAAAGACGCGACAACCGAGUUACCUCGUGAUAGCAUGACCCUUGGAUCCAACCCCAACGACGAACCCUUCAGCGCGAGGAACAUUCCAAAUCGGCACAAUAUGAACAAAGACGCGACGGCCGAGUCACCUAGUGAUAGCGUGACAGUUGGGUCCAACCUCAACGACGACACUUUGGUUGAGUUGCGAGAAACUUAUGUCAAGCCAGGCUUCAGAGGCACUUUUCAAUCCAAAUAUGUGGUUCUUUGUGCUUUCGUCGUUCGGCUAGGUGGCUUUUUGUUCGGAUAUGAUCAAGGAGUCAUCUCCAUCAUCUUGGUGAUGGAUCAAUUCACCGACCGCUUCCCUCGCGUGUCUGAUACUGCCAGUGGCGGAGGUUUCUGGAAAGGUUUCAUGACGGCCAUGCUCCAACUUGGCGCAUGUAUCGGUGCUUUCAAUCAGGGUUGGAUUGCUGAAAAGAUCUCGCGCAAAUACUCCAUCUGCGUGGCCGUGUGUAUCUUCAUCGUCGGUUCGAUCCUUCAGACUGCUGCUCCAGAUUAUGCCAUGCUCAUUGUCGGUCGAUUGAUCGGUGGUGUCGGCGUUGGAAUGUUGAGUAUGGUCGUCCCCAUGUACAUCGCCGAGGUAUCACCUCCAGAAAUCAGAGGCACGCUGCUUGUCCUCGAAGAAUUCUCCAUCGUGUUUGGCAUCAUCUGCGCGUACUGGUUGACAUUCGGCACCCGAUACAUCGGCGGCCAUUGGUCCUACCGCCUCCCGUUCCUUUUGCAGAUCUUCCCAGCGAUCCUGCUCGGAGUUGCGGUGCUCUUCAUCCCCUUCUCGCCGAGGUGGCUGGCGUCCAAAGGUCGGGACCAAGAAGCGCUGCAAGCGCUCGUCAAGCUGCGACGGGUCCCCGUAGACGAUCCCAGAAUCCAGGCCGAAUGGUACGACAUCCGAGCCGAAGUCGCCUUUCACAAAGAAAUCGCCGAGAAGAAGCAUCCCAACCUGGGCGCUGUGGGACAGAGAAGUCGCUGGCAGGCCAUCAGGCUGGAACUGGCGUCGUACGCCGACUGUUGGCGGCAGGGAUGUUGGAGGCGAACGACGGUUGGUGUGGGCUUGAUGUUCUUCCAGCAAUUCGUCGGUAUCAAUGCAUUGAUCUACUAUUCCCCCUCGCUGUUCAAAAGUUUCGGUAUGGACUACAACAUGCAACUGAUCCUAGGCGGUGUCUUGAACGUGACCCAGCUCGUCGGCGUCUCGACCUCGCUUUACACGAUGGACAGAUUCGGCCGCCGCCCCCUCCUGCUGAUCGGCAGCGUAUGCAUGACCGUCGCGCACGUCGUGAUUGCCGUCCUGGUCGGACUGUACUACAACGAUUGGACGGACCACCAGACGCAAGGAUGGGUCGCCGUUGCGUUUUUGUUCUUUUACAUGCUCGCCUUCGGAUGCACAUAUGGUCCUGUACCGUGGGCCAUGCCCGCUGAGAUCUUCCCCAGCUCACUGCGCGCUAAGGGUGUGGCGUGGAGUACGUGCAGCAACUGGCUGAACAACUUCAUCAUCGGGCUGAUCACGCCGCCGUUGAUCCAGAACACGCGAGGAUUCGGAGCGUACACUUUCUUCGCCGUGUUCUGCGCGUUGAGUUUUGUCUGGGCGUGGUUCUUUGUGCCGGAGACGAAAGGGCGCAGUCUGGAAGACAUGGAUCGCGUCUUUGGAGAUCGGGCUGCGGUGGCCGACCGGGCGAGGAGGAGGGAGAUUCUACUGGAAAUGAAGCGAAAAGAUGGACAAGGCAAAGAGGAGGAUGUCAAGGUGGCUUGAUGGGUUUACAAGGUGUGAUCAACAAACACCUCCCUUGAGAAGACAAUGAUGAUCAGAGCCAAAAUACCGAGCAAUCUGGCUUCAAUGGUUGUGAUGUCCAACGUUAAAAUAUCACCAUGGAAGCUGAGCGCCGUCAUAUCUCCACAAACGAACCUCGUCUUCCACCGUCAUCGAAUCGACAAUCUUCAUCAUCCCUUCAAUACUCUCCGCCGGCUCGAUCGUGGCAAGCCCGAUUCUCUUCGCAAGUGGCUCCACUGUCUCUGUCGCAACGACACCGGGAUGUAUGGGAAACGCCACGAUGCCGUUCUUCUUCUCUUCGUACGCGACAUGCCUGAUGAACAUGUUCAACGCGGCUUUGGAAAUCGCGUACGCCGACGACUGGCCGGGCAGAUCCUCGACCAUGCUCAGGGAUCCGUAUUGCGUACUGACGGCGACGAAUUUAGGAGUCCCGCCCUGCCGAGCCGACUCCAGCAUCAAGGGUCGAAGGGCCUUGAAGAUGGCGAUGUUGUUCAGCAAAUUGACGUCGAGGAAUUGCUGGUACAUGUCCAUUGGCGAAUCCGCGAUGCUGGUUUCAUGAUGGAUGAUGCCGGCGUUGGCGAUCACGACGUCGACUUUGCCCGCUAACUUUUUGACUGUUUCUGCGACUGCGAGCGCUUCGUCGACGGAUUCGGGCUGCUUGGUGAUCUUGACGAUAUGCACGUUCCCUUUGUCGGUCAGGGAUGAUAGGCGAGUUGCUCGGUCCGGAUCGCGAGACGUAGCAAAGACGAUGGCUCCAGGGCGGUCUCGUAGUUGCCGGACAAAUUCGUAUCCUAGGCCCUAAGUGGCACGGGUGCGGCGUUAGCAGACGAAAGGAAGAUGAGUUUACAUAGGCCGCUUCUGCACUUACCUGGG